UUACGCAGUGAGAACGGGAGCAGGUUUGCUGGAAUUGCUGCGGCGAUUAGGAGCUCUAUUACACAGCAAUCAUGUCUAUUAUGUCCUAUAAUGGAGGGGCCGUCAUGGCCAUGAAGGGGAAGAAUUGUGUGGCCAUCGCAGCCGAUAGGCGCUUCGGGAUUCAGGCCCAGAUGGUGACCACAGAUUUCCAGAAGAUCUUUCCUAUGGGAGAUCGUUUGUACAUCGGCCUGGCGGGGCUCGCCACUGACGUCCAGACCGUCGCUCAACGCCUCAAGUUCCGACUGAACUUAUAUGAGCUGAAAGAAGGUCGGCAGAUCAAGCCUUACACGCUCAUGAGCAUGGUGACCAACCUCUUAUAUGAGAAACGGUUUGGUCCCUACUACACUGAGCCUGUCAUUGCUGGCUUGGACCCAAAGACCUUUAAGCCGUUCAUUUGCUCUCUGGACCUCAUUGGCUGCCCCAUGGUGACGGAUGACUUUGUGGUCAGUGGCACCUGUGCUGAACAAAUGUACGGCAUGUGUGAGUCCCUCUGGGAACCUAACAUGGAUCCAGACCACUUAUUUGAAACCAUCUCUCAAGCCAUGCUGAAUGCUGUGGAUCGGGAUGCAGUGUCUGGGAUGGGAGUCAUUGUCCACAUUAUUGAGAAGGAUAAAAUCACUACCAGAACGCUGAAGGCCCGAAUGGACUAACUUUCUCUUCCUCCCUUACCCUCAAGCCCAUUUCUUCUUUUUUAAAAUAAAAUAG